CGAGAUAUACCGCUGAUAUACCUCUUCCACUCCCCCUCCAUCUUUUCCCUUCCCCCUCGAUUCCCUCUCUCCUCCUAAACACCAUGAUAGACAUAGACGACGACGACGCCCCGCCCCAACUAGUCGAUGUUGCCCAACUCCCCGACCCGGCGCCAUCGACGUCAGCGGACACGCCGCCCCAGAACCGGGUGCCCAUCACGCUUGUGACCGGCUAUCUCGGAGCGGGGAAGACCACACUACUGAACUACAUCCUCACCGAGAAACAUGGCAAGAAGAUCGCCGUGAUCAUGAACGAAUUCGGAGACUCCUCCGAUAUCGAGAAACCCCUGACCGUCAACCAAGACGGCCAAGAAGUGACCGAAUGGAUGGAAGUCGGCAACGGCUGCAUCUGCUGCUCUGUCAAAGACACCGGCGUAAUGGCUAUCGAAUCCCUCAUGGAACGCCGAGGCACAUUCGACUAUAUCCUGCUCGAGACGACCGGGCUCGCCGACCCGGGCAACAUCGCCCCGGUAUUCUGGGUAGACGACAACCUCGGAAGUAGCAUCUACCUCGACGGCAUCGUCACGCUCGUCGACGCCAAGAACAUCCUGCGUCUUCUCGACGAACCCACCCCCGAAGAAACCGUCUCCAGCCACGACUCUGGACACGACCACGACCACGCGUACUCGGGCCCCGUCCUCUCCAUGGCACACAUGCAGAUCUCGCACGCGGACGUGAUAGUCCUGAACAAAGCCGACCUCGUCACGGAGGAGCAACUAGCCCUGGUCCGGGACCGCGUGGUCGCGAUUAACAGUGCCGCGAAGAUCCACGUCACGGAUCAUAGUAAGACGCCUGAAAUCGAGGGCGUGGUGCUGGAUCUGCAUGCGUAUGAUCAUUUGGAUAGUUUGGAGUUUGCGGAGAAGGGCCAUAGCCAUAUUGAUUCGGCUAUCUCCACCCUCUCAAUCACAACCCCCCCAAUUCACCCCUCCCAGGUCUCCCUCGUCGACACUUGGCUCCAAUCCGUGCUCUGGGACUCGACCUUCCCGCCGGUAUCUGGGAUUCCGGGGCCCGAGAACUUCGAGAUCCACCGCUUGAAGGGCAUCUUGGUGCUCGAUGACGGGUCAACGAAGAUCAUCCAGGCCGUGCGGGAGAUAUUCGAGAUCCGGGAUGCGGAGCCGAAGCAGGAGGCCAAGACACAAUGUAAGAUUGUGUUGAUUGGUAGGGGGCUGGGGGUGGAUGCGGGGCCGUGGCAGCGGAGUUUUGAGGAGUUCCUCACGAAGAAGGGGGAGUGA